AUGCCUGUGGUCAAUGUCGACGAUCUGGUGCGUUUGCAGCGCAACGCAGACGAUAUCCGAAAUAUAUGCAUUUUAGCACACGUUGAUCAUGGCAAGACGUCCCUCACAGACAGCCUUAUCGCCACAAAUGGAAUCAUCUCGCCCAAGCUGGCGGGCAAAAUCCGCUACCUGGACUCGCGUCCAGACGAGCAGCUUCGUGGGAUUACCAUGGAGUCAUCCGCUAUAUCGCUCUACUUCUCCAUGCUCCGACGACCUGCGCCAGACGUUGCGCCAGAGACCAAGGAAUAUCUGAUCAAUCUGAUUGACUCACCGGGGCAUAUUGAUUUCAGCAGCGAGGUCUCGACUGCAUCGCGGCUGUGUGAUGGAGCCCUCGUUUUAAUCGACGCUGUUGAAGGAGUGUGCAGCCAGACCGUCACCGUGCUUCGGCAGACAUGGGUCGAGAAACUGAAGCCACUGCUGGUCAUCAACAAGAUGGACCGCCUGGUGACCGAGCUCAAGAUGAGCCCCGCCGAGGCCUACUCGCAUCUGAGCAAGCUGCUCGAACAGGUUAAUGCCGUGAUUGGUAGUUUUUACCAGGGAGAGCGAAUGGAGGAGGAUCUGCUGUGGCGCGAGCGUAUGGAAGAGCGCGUCAACGCUGCUGCUGCCCGGGAUAAAGAACAAGCCAAAAAGUUGACUUCAGAUGCCGACGGCAGCGAAUCUCAAGCUCACUCUGAGCUGGACGAUGACGUAUUCGAGGAGCGCGACGAUGAGGACCUGUAUUUUGCACCGGAAAAGAACAACGUUAUCUUCUGCAGUGCUACCGAUGGCUGGGCUUUUACUAUUCGACAGUUUGCAGGGCUAUACGAGAAGAAACUGGGUAUCAAGCGCUCGGCUCUCGAAAAGGUGCUCUGGGGAGAUUUUUACCUGGACCCUAAGACGAAAAGAGUAUUGGGCUCAAAGCAUCUCAAGGGGCGUGCGCUCAAACCCAUGUUUGUUCAACUGGUUCUGGACAGUGUAUGGGCUGCGUAUGAAGCUACUACAGGAGGAGCUAAGGGAAAGGGGGACCCAACGUUGCUAGAGAAGAUUACCAAGUCAUUGAACAUUACCAUCCCUCCUUAUAUCCUUCGAUCAAGAGACCCCAAGAAUAUCAUGACAGCGCUCUUCUCGUCGUGGCUGCCCUUGUCCACUGCAGUGUUGGUGUCCGUAAUGGAAUAUCUUCCGAGUCCACGAACCGCCCAAAUUACUCGACUGCCCGAGAUGAUCGCAGAUUCUCCCGGCUCAGAGUUUACCGACGACAAGAUCAAAGACGCCAUGGUCAAUUUCAAAACAUCCCUAGAAGACCCCGUUGUGGCAUAUAUCAGCAAAAUGGUUGCAAUCCCCGAGAGCGAACUCCCCAAGAACACAAAACGAAUUGGAGCAACAUUGACAGCCGACGAAGCCCGAGAACUGGCGCGCAAGAAACGAGACGAAAUUGCAAAGAUUCAGGCCGAGGCAAACGGACAGGCGGACGAGUUCAGUCGAGUCACAUCUGCACUUGCCAGCACCAGCCUGGAGGACGACCAAGACACGCAGCAAGAGGAAGAAAAAAUCGAUAGAGAGCAUUUGAUUGGAUUUGCUCGGUUGUAUUCUGGCACAUUGACUGUGGGCGAUUCGCUGUAUGUUCUGAGUCCCAAGUUCUCCCCGGCCAGCCCCCAUGCCGCUCCGGAGCCCCGAAAGGUCACGGUGACGAAUCUGUAUCUACUCAUGGGUCGAGGUUUGGAACCGCUCAAGUCGGUGCCUGCCGGGGUGGUGUUUGGAAUCGAGGGACUUGCGGGGCACAUCCUGAAGACAGGUACACUUUGCAGUCAGCUCGAAGGCAGCAUCAACUUGGCUGGUGUCACCAUGGCCAGCCCACCUAUCGUCCGAGUCGCCCUCGAGCCUGUCAACCCGGCAGACCUGAACAAGAUGGUGACCGGCCUAAAAAUGCUGGAGCAAAGCGACCCUUGUGCGCAAUACGAGGUUCUACCCAGCGGCGAACACGUCAUACUCACCGCAGGCGAACUACACUUGGAACGGUGUCUAAAGGACCUGCGCGAGCGGUUUGCGAGGUGCGAGAUCCAAGCCGGAGAAAUCAUUGUGCCGUAUCGAGAAAGCAUCGUCAGCGCGGCCGAGAUGGCUGCUCCAAAGACUCCGGAUCUGGGACGCGGAGGAGUUCUUACUGUGUCGCCGUCAAAGCAACUGACUAUGAAACUAAGAGUUUUGCCUCUUCCAUCAGAAGUCACGGAUUUUCUGUCUAAGAAUGCAGGCACUCUCAAACGGAUUCAAUCGGAUGAUAGGGCGGCAGCGGAAAACAUUGAAAACCGGGAUGUGGAAGAUGCAGAGUCUCUCGAGAGGAACGUUCUGUCAUUGGCGGACUUUAAAAAGGAUCUUCACAAGCUCCUCGCCGAGUCGAAACGUGAAGAGCUCAAUGAUAUUGUCGACAAGAUUAUUGCGUUUGGACCGAGGAGAGUAGGACCGAAUAUCUUGAUCGAUGCCACGCCGGCCAACACCAGCGAGAAGCUCCUCUCCGAGGAGCAACAACAGAGAGACGCUCAAAACAACAACAAUCUCGACCGACGAGCCGCCACCGUGCGAGACUUGUCCGACAAAAUAAACUACGCAUUCCAGCUCGCAACAGCACAAGGUCCCCUCUGCCAAGAGCCCGUCCAGGGAAUCGCCGUGGUGCUGGAAGACCUCGCCCUGCACGCCGACGACGACACCGCGCUUGACUUUGGCCGGCUGACCGGCGAGGCAAUCCGCAUUGUGCGAGAUUCCAUAUCCCAGGGGUUUCUCGACUGGAGCCCACGCAUCCUGCUUGCAAUGUAUAGUUGUGAGAUUCAAGCAUCGACCGAAGUCCUCGGCCGCGUAUACGGCGUAAUAACACGCCGUCGCGGACGCAUCCUCUCCGAAACCAUGAAAGAAGGGACCCCCUUCUACACCAUUCUCUCGCUUCUCCCCGUAGCCGAGUCCUUUGGAUUCUCCGACGAGAUCCGCAAGCGAACCUCGGGCGCGGCUUCUCCGCAACUCAUCUUUGCUGGCUUUGAGGCUCUGGAACAAGAUCCCUUUUGGGUUCCGGCCACGGAAGAAGAACUAGAAGAUCUAGGCGAGUUGGCAGACCGAGAAAAUGUGGCGAAGCGGUAUAUGGAUGCGGUGCGUGCGAGAAAGGGGCUUUUUGUGACGGGGAAGAAACUGGUCAAGGAUGCGGAGAAGCAGAAGACUUUGAAGAAGUGA